AUGGCCGUACCGGGCCUCGACGUGCUCGAUUACUACCACGGGCUGCUGCCGAGAGAAGAUCUGCCGUUACUGCUCGCGAAGGAGGGCGACUAUCUACUCCGAUCGACCCAGGUGAAGACCGGCGAAGAGCGACGCACCAUCCUCUCCCUCGCCUACCAAGAUAAGAAGAUCAAGCUUGGGCAUUACGUCAUCACCCAAGAGAAGGAGCCGCCCAACCUGUUCACGAUCGACAAGACCAUCUCGAAGCCGACCAUCGACGAGCUCGUCCAGGAAUACAAGAGCAGACGCGUGCCGCUCAAGAAGGAGAUCCCCAACACCAUCCUCCUCAACGCCAUCAACAGGCCAUCGUGGGAACUGCGGGCUGACAAUGUCAUCACCGGCAGGAAGCUUGGCGAAGGCGAAUUCGGCGACGUUCACCAGGGCAAACUGAAGCUGCGCGACCGCGAGGUGGACGUGGCGAUCAAGGUGGCCCGGAAGGACAUCAUCUCGAAGGAGAAGAUCAAGGAGGUGAUGAAGGAAGCUCGGCUGAUGCGCGACUUCGAACAUCCGAACGUCGUCAAAAUCUACGGAGUGGUCGUCGAGAGGGAUCCGUUGAUGAUCGUCAUGGAGUUGGUGGACGGAGGAGGGCUCGACAAGCAUCUACGCACACAGUCUGUCAGAAUACCGCCCGAUCAGCGCCUACUUUACAUCCAGGACGCGGCGUGGGGCAUCGAAUAUCUCCACCACAAGCACAUCAUCCACCGUGACUUGGCCGCCCGAAAUUGCCUGAUCGUACGCGUCAACGAUGAGCACCUCGUCAAGAUCUCCGACUUUGGGCUGUCGCGCGAGGGCGACGCGUACGCGAUGAAGACGGUGCGCAAGGUGCCGAUUCGAUGGCUAGCCCCAGAGACCAUCCAGACGUUCACCUACACCCCGAAGAGCGACGUCUGGGCGUACGGCGUACUCGUUUGGGAGGUGAUGACAAACGGGGACGAGCCGUACGCCGGCGAGCCGAACCCGCACAUCAAGCAGAAGAUCGUCGCCGGCGAGCUGCUACAAUUCCCCUCACUCGCCAACCAAGAGAUCGUCUCCCUCAUCAAGCAGCACUGUUGGGACAAGGACGUUAACCGGCGCUACAGCAUGACGGAGGUGGCCCGGAAGCUGGAGUCUCUCAACAACCGCCAGCCUCCGCCCGUACAAGACAGCUCGGUCAGGAAGGGGCUGGGCGGUGCCUCGGUGCAUCAGGGAUCCGUCGAUCUCCCCUCCGGAUCACCAACACCGAAUCGGAAAGGACCACAGAAGAAGCCGAAGCGCGAAAAGACUGUCUCCCCCGAUGAGCCGCCAGCUUCCGGAGGCCGCAUCAAGCGAGAGGGCAGGAGGAAGAGGCCGAAGGGCACCACCGUCACCGAGGGCCAA